AUGGAUUCCACGAAUCCAUAUCCUAUGUCAGCCAAUUUUGUUGACCUGUUGAACAGCCAACAAGAGAGUGUCGUUCCUGAACCCUGUCCUUAUGCGAGUUUUCAACAUGUCGAAUCAUCACAUCUCCCUGAAACGUCAAGCUUCUGUGAAGACUCAACUACAGAGCGUAGAGAAAGGAAGAAGUGGACAGUCACAGACGACCUUGUGCUCAUUAGCGCCUGGUUAAACACCAGCAAGGACCCGGUGGUGGGCAAUGAGCAGAAAGCAGGGGCGUUUUGGAGCCGCAUUGCGGCUUACUUCGCAGCCAGUCCAACGGUGGAAAGAGGUGCAAAGCGUGAGGCUAUUCAAUGUAAGCAACAAUGGCAGAAGAUGAACGAUCUAGUCUGUAAGUUUUGUGGAUCCUAUGCGGCUGCAACUAGACAGAAGACAAGUGGUCAGAAUGAGGCUGACACUGUGAAACUGGCACACGAGAUCUUGUACAACGAUCACAAGAUCAAAUUUAACCUCCACCAUGCUUGGGAGGAGCUGAGGAAUGACCAGAAAUGGUGUGAAGUUGCUAGUAGGAAGAUUGAUGGAACCAGCAAGAAGAGAAAGUUUGAUGAUGGAGCUCAAUCAGAGAGCUCUCAAAGUUCCAACCAGGAGAAGACACCGUAA